CUUAAAAUCAGAUUUUCAACUCUUUACACUGUAGAUUAUUUCAUCAUACUUUGUGCAGGAGGCCCAACAGAGAUCAUGUUUGUGAAGAGAAACACGUGUCUGCUUGUCGUUCUGCUGUGCUCUCUGGCCUUGUGGUGCAAGUCGACCAGCGCAGGCUCCAGCUUUCUCAGCCCAUCACAAAAACCUCAGAACAAGGGGAAGUCUCCGAGAGUUGGCCGCCAGGUCAUGGAGGAGCCGAGUGAGCCCGCUGAGGACAACCCCAUCACAAUCAGCGCCCCGUUUGACGUGGGCUUCACCGUGAGAGAGCAGGACUUUGAGCGGUGCGGCGCGGUGCUGCAGGACAUCAUUCAGUCUGCUGGGAAGCACAGAGGCGACAGCAGAGAAACCAGAGCCACUUUGAAGAUCAUGGACAAGAAUUUAAGAUUUGCUGUCUGAAUGCCUUCCAAUUUUCCAAUUAUUCUAUAGUAAUCAUUAAGAAAUCAGCCUGUGAACGUGUUGGUCUCCUCUUUCAAAACUUGAUAUAUUCUUUCGCUCAUGGCUCAUAAAACACAGCUACUCAGACUUGGCUAAAUAAGUUGCAGUCUGUGCCCUUAACUAAUAACCGCCAUUACAAACUAAAAAACAAGACUAUCAGGUGAAAACAUGUGAAAAAUGUACCAAAGAUCUUUUGGGAUUUUUUAACCACAUCGCAGUCUUCAUCAGUUAUAGAGUUGGUUUAGCAUCCUUCAUAUUAACUUAUUAUGAAGCUUGGCUGAUGUAAAUAUGGUUAGAUAAAAUAUGGAAGAUGAUAUGUGAUUAUAUUUAUAGAACUCGAGUUGCAAUGAUUUUGUCAAAUGUUCUUAAUGAUAUUGAUCUGCAUCUCCAAUGUGUAAAAUUGUCAUGAAAUUAAUGUCUAUAGUUCUAAUUAAUAAUUAUAAAAACUGUCUCAUAUCCUUCAUAGUGAGCUGAUGUUAUUCAUCAAUAAAAACACCCAAUAUCUAUUAUUCUUAUUCCUCUUCACACACAUUUGCCUGCAAAAAUAAAACAUCAACUCUUC